CAGGGAGGCAUCCGCUGCGGCGAGCAAACAAACACCGCAGACGAUUCAGCGGAAUAAUCUAUACCGACGAGAGUCCGUCCAUAAAGAGGAUUUGACUGAGCUCCCUCGCCUCUGGUGCUGGGCAAAAUGCUCCUUGGGGUCGAACAAUGCGGCGCAACGAGUGGCCGACGGCUGAGCGCUUAAAAAUUUGUCGCCCCCGCAUAUAUCGCGUCUUACCUACCUUACCUUACCUUACCUACGACUUGCGGCUUGCAGUCCAGCUGGACAACGCUCCAUGUCGCUGUCUGUUUGCGGCAAGGCAAAAGUACCUACAACCUGUUGGUCGGGAGCGGGACGGGACGCCGAUAUGUGGAGAAGAUAUGAUAAGGUGCACCGAUGUUACGCGAGUGAUGCACACACACCAACACCUUUCUUGUUAUAUGACAUCCCCUUUUCUGCCGGUACAUAGGGUAGUUUCAGUGGCAAUCUUCAUACAGGUAGGUAGGUACCUCUGUAAUGCUUCAUUUGCUAAUAACUACCUUAAGCAUCCAAAUAGCCAAAUCAUAGGCUCUAUAGAGUCAAUAUAUAGCCACUUGUGGAACUAUACUAGAGAAUAUCUGUAGAGCCACUUGUAGAACCGCAGAGCUACUUGUAAAACAACUAAGGUACCUGUAGGGCUACCUAUAGAGCUACCUGUAGAACAACUACCUGUAGGGCUAUUUGUAGAACUAUAGAGCCACCUAUAUAGCUAACAUAGUCAUCUAUGAUCAAGGGCCGUGUUCGACUAUACUAUAUGCUCCUAAGAGGUAUAGGGUAACCUGUCGAGUAGUCGUCGAGUGUCCAUCAAAUGGCCUGUAUAGCUCGUCAAA